UUCAUUUUCAACAUUUCUAGGGUUUCACCAUUUCUCUUUCUCUCUCUCUCUCUCUCUCUCUCUCUCUCGUGCAAUUCAAUUCAAAUCAAUUCAAAUCAAAUAGCUCCCUAUCCCAAUUCCCAACCUCAUGUUCCAGUAGUCCUCUUCAAUUGUUUCAAGGAACAAUUAUAUAAAAGUUUGUGUCUUUUGUUGUUUGAAUCAGUGGUUUCUUUUCCUCGAUUGAGUUGGGUUUUUUUGUUUAUGUUAAUGUGUUCCAAGAUCUAUCUUUGAGGAAUUCUAGAUUUGUGUUCCUCGUUGGCUGCAGCAACAUUGUGAAAUUGCUGAAUUUUUUUUCGGUUUCCAUGUGAAGAAAACCGGGAGAAUUCAGUGGAUUUUUGUGAUUUUGAUUUCAAUUAUUCCGUUCUUGGUGACAUUUAUUAGGAAGAUUGCACUUUGGGAAGAAUGCCGCCCGCGGUCGUGAUGGCUCCUGUUCACACUCGGAGCUCGCUGGAGUUAAUGCUGGAAUUGAUUCAGAAGAGGGAUGAGCUGGCCAAGGAUGCACCACCGGCAUUGCCAUCCAGACCCACCUCACGAGGCCGCCUGCCCUCGUCCAGGAGGUCUUUGCCUCUCAACUUCAAGACCAGAAGCAUUUCUCCAGAGCCCUCUGUGAAGGAGGGCUCUGACAAGAUGGAAAUGAAGAGGGAGCCACUUGUUAAGGUGGACAAGGAAUUUCCGGUUCAAAAUAGGUUUUUUGAGAGUCAUAAUAAAUUGGAGAAGGUGGGCCAGUUAGAGGAGUCUUCUUUGUAUGCCAAUAAGCCACAAGCAGAGAGAUCUGAUGAGGAUAAUUCAAGGGAAAUUGGCAGAUUGAUUUAUCAGAUGUCUGGUUCUGAGAAAGUGGCGGAUAAAAUUCUGAUGAAGAUUGCUCAAUCAGAAGAUGUUAGUUGUCAGGCUCUACUGCAGAUUAUUGGAGUUGAGAAAUGUCCUUAUGGUCUUCAUGCUUGUUCUUCAUACGAAGAUCUCAAGAAAGGAGCAACAUUAUUUCAGUCAUUUGUUCGAGGUGAAAUAGCUAGGCGUACAUUUCAAUUUCUAAUGAAGAGGCUCAUGGCUGUGGUUAUCAUACAAAAAUAUGUAAGAAGGUGGAUUGCCAGGACAAAGUUCUUUAACCAGAAGGAGGACAUUAUACAUUUACAAGCUGUUGUACGUGGACAGUUGGCUCAAAAGCAGUCUAUUAUUCUAAAAAAUCUCAGAAUGUCUAACAAGCUGAAUGAAGCAAGUUCCAACUGGCAUCUGCACAAGAACUUUCAAGAAACAAAGGAAUAUGUUUUGGUUCACCAUUCAGUUAUGGAAGAUCUUCAGAUGCGUGUUCUGAAAGCAGAAGCAUCAUUAAGAGAAAAAGAAGGGAUUCAUCUGUCAUUCCAACAUCAGUUGGAACAGUAUGAGAUGAAAAUGAUCUUAAUGGAGGAGAUGUGGCAGAAAAAGAUGUCACUGCAGGAUCUUAAUGAGAGGCAUUUUGAGGCACACCAUUCUGUUAAGACCGAACUGCAGAGGGAGAUUCUGAAGGCAAAAGGAGCAUUGAUGCAAAAAGAAGAGGAGAAUAUUAAAUUGCAACAAGACCUUCAUCAAUAUGAAGUCAAAUGGUCACAAUAUGAGAUGAAGAUGAAAUCUAUGGAAGAGAAAUGGCAAAAACAGUUGACGUCCUUGCAGCUGAGUUUAGCUGCGGCAAGGAAGAGGUUAGCUGAUGAUUCAGUGAGUUUGCCUGAGAAGUCUGAUUCAUCAUCACUUUGGCAUUCAUACGACUCAGAGAGUUCUAUGUCCACUGAAGCCCGCUCACCUGAAUCUACUCUAGCCAAACAUUGUCAUGCCUCUGGCGCUGGAAUUAGAAAUGAUUUUACCAGAAAGCAGAAAGCGGUUAAUGUACUAGUGCAGGAGUUUGAGCAGAGAAAACAGGCCUUUGAGGAUGAUGUGAGGUUCCUUAUGGAGGCCAAGUCACAACAGUUAGAUCGUAGCCCGAACCCUGAUGUAGAGCUUCAGAAGCUGAAGAUAGAGUUCACUUCAUGGAAGAAGGAUUACAAGGUUCGGUUGCGGGAGGGCAAGUCUGCAAUUCACAAGCUCAGUAAGACAAGAAAAGAUAAACCAAAAAAAAAUUGGUGGUGCACUUGAAUAGCAUAAGAUGAUUUUGUAGAAGGUCUUGAUGCUGCUGGACUUCUCUCUUGUCCUAAUCCUGAAAUGUUUGGUUAGGUGGGUAACCCUCUGUGCCUGCCUCAGCGCGCACAAAAGAGUGUUUUGUAUUCUGAAUAUUUUCUUUUUAAUUGUUAUUGUGUUGAUGUAGAAGUAGUUUAUAACUGAAUGUUGUAGCCCAGCAAUAGAUGAAGAGAGGUGCACUUGAAUAGCAUAAGAUGAUUUUGUAGAAGGUCUUGAUGCUGCUGGACUUCUCUCUUGUCCUAAUCCUGAAAUGUUUGGUUAGGUGGGUAACCCUCUGUGCCUGCCUCAGCGCGCACAAAAGAGUGUUUUGUAUUCUGAAUAUUUUCUUUUUAAUUGUUAUUGUGUUGAUGUAGAAGUAGUUUAUAACUGAAUGUUGUAGCCCAGCAAUAGAUGAAGAGAGGUGUACUACUGCUCUUGAACAGUCAAGUGAAAAAAUAAAUCCAUGUGUUGUUCAUUCCA